AUAAUACACACAUUAAUAGCACAAUAAUACAGGCAGUUUACAAAGGGUGUGUCCGUUCAAUUCAUGAUACUCGAGUUCAUCUUCAAUAUGCACACAUUAUUCACUAUAAUUUGUCUAAUUCGCUAAUUUUAACCUUACGCAUUUAUGUAUAGUUUUUAUUACUGCGUUGCAUAUAAUACUAUUUCUUUCUCAAACUAAAAUACACAUGUACAUAGAUUCCAUUGUAAUAAAAUAUUUCAAGAUUUAAAAUGGUCUAUAUCUUAAUUUUCCUAAGCCUCAUAUUUGGCUGUGUCAUUUUUCUGCCACCUUCAUCCCCCUCACCCACAGAAGGUCUCCUCAUAAACUCCCUUCUUGCCCAGUACAACAAACUAACGCGUCCAAUCCCAUCAGAGAGCAUCGUUCUCUCCGUCAAGAUGGGAAUGGCUCUUCUCCAGAUAAUCGACGUGAAUGAAAAACAGCAAAUAAUCACCAUCAACACUUGGCUGCGCCUUGUUUGGCAUGAUGUAAAUCUCGUGUGGAAUGCUUCCGAGCACGAUAAUAUUUCCAUAGUUCGAAUUCCUUCCAACCUGAUCUGGAUGCCAGACAUUCUCCUCUACAACAUGGCGGACGAAGAGUUGUUUCAAUCCAUGCAUCAUCGUGGGAGCUUUAUAAAUGCGUACAUCAAAAACGACGGGACCGUGCUGCACGUGCCUCCAAUGAUUUUGAAAUCCACCUGCAAAAUGGAUGUGACCUGGUUUCCGUUCGAUGAACAAGUUUGCGACAUAAAAUUCGGCAGUUGGACCUAUUCUGGGCUACAAAUGAACUUGAGUCUGAUGGAAAAUAGCACCCAAAGUAUGGAUACCAGUGGUUACAUACCACAUGGGGAAUGGAAGCUGACUGGAAUUGAAGCAUUGAGGAACGAAAAAUUUUACGAGUGCUGUCCAGAACCUUAUGUUUCGAUUACGUUUAAAAUAAACAUCAAACGGCAAAGCAUGUAUUUUUUCUUCAAUCUUAUCGUCCCUUGCCUUCUAAUUGGUACAAACUAAUUUCAAGUUAUUUUUUAGUAAAUGUAAUUGAAUGAUAA